AUGUCGAUUUGGAAACGCAAAGAAGAAACGAAAACGCAGAAGAAUUGCAAAAAACGCCCUGCGCUCGGCUGCGACGUCUGUCCUAAACGCUUCAAGAGCAAGUACUUGUUGAAACAGCACAAACUCACGCAUACGGCGGAGAUCGCCCACGGAUGCAAGACGGAUGUGAAAGAGAAUUCCGCGCUCACCGACACGGUGCCGCGAAACCAGGAAGCACUCUCGUGCGUAAUGUGCGACUUUCGCUGCAACAAGAGGUCCACGAUGAUCGCGCAUCUCUCUGAGAAGCACGAGGCCAUGGACAACGACAGGUUCGCCAGCAGCAAGCGUGAAUUCACCUGCAUCGUCUGCGGCCUGGUAUGCGCCCGCAAGGAGACCCUGAGGUCGCACUUCGUUCGCAAGCAUACCCAGCAUUACGGUUACUCGUGUGAGCACUGCGGCAAGGAGUUUAAGAUCAAGGGCGACCUCACCACGCAUACCAGACUGAACCACCGGGAGUCGCCAGUGAUGUGCGACGUCUGCGGCAAGACUUGCCGUAACAGCCACAGUCUGUACACCCAUCAGAAGCACGCGCAUUACAAGGCGAAGUACGAGUGCCCGCUGUGCCAUCGGCGCCUCGUCACUCAGGAGAAUUUGGAUCAGCACGUGCUGACGCAGCACGAGAGGAAGGAGAAGUCGGUAUGCGAGGAGUGCGGCAAGACGUUCUUCGAGAAUUACGAUCUGAGGAAGCACAUGAGGAUCCACACGGGCGAUAAGCCGUACAGCUGCACGGUCUGCGGCAGAGCGUUCGCCAGGCACAGUAGUCUGAGCCAGCAUCUUCUUCUACAUACCGGCGAGCGUAUCUACUCGUGCGACGUGUGCAACAAGUCGUUUGCUCAGAAGGCGGGUCUCAUCUGUCACAGGAAAAUUCAUUCGGGCGUUCUGCCGCCCCUGCCGGUCAUACAUAUCGAUCAUAUACUGAAGGAGUUCAUUAAGAAAUAA